AUGAAGGUGCUCCCCGCGUCUGGCCUCGCUGUCCUUCUCCUCACAGCUUUGAAGUUUUCCACGGCCGUCCCCUCCCUCUUUGUGGCCACCCCCAAGACCUGGAGGAACAACUACCACCUUGCACAGGUCUACCUUCAAAAGUACUACACAAGGAAAGGAAGUCUCCAGAUGGGGGAGAUGGUUGCAAGAGGAGGCAGUCCCCUGGUGAAGAAGGUGAAGGAGCUGCAAGCCUUCUUAGGACUCCAAGUCACUGGCAAGCUGGACCGGAACACAAUGGACAUAAUCAAAAAGCCUCGCUGUGGAGUCCCCGACGUGGCCAACUACCGACUCUUCCCAGGUGAACCCAAGUGGAAAAAAAAUACUUUAACAUACAGGAUAUCCAAGUACACGCCUUCCAUGCGGCCUGCAGAGGUGGACAAGGCCGUGGAGAUGGCUCUGAGGGCAUGGAGCAGUGCUGUCCCCCUGAACUUUGUUAGAAUAAACUCGGGAGAAGCGGAUAUCAUGAUAUCUUUUGAAACCGGAGAUCAUGGAGAUUCAUACCCAUUCGAUGGGCCUCGGGGGACUCUAGCCCAUGCAUUCGCACCUGGAGAAGGCCUGGGAGGAGAUACCCAUUUCGACAAUGCUGAGAAGUGGACUAUGGGAACGAAUGGUUUCAAUUUAUUUACUGUUGCGGCUCAUGAAUUUGGCCAUGCCCUGGGCCUGGCCCAUUCCACAGACCCAUCAGCACUGAUGUACCCGACUUAUAAGUACCAGCAACCUUAUGGCUUCCGCCUCCCCAAGGAUGAUGUGAAAGCGAUCCAGGCCUUGUACGGACCUCGGAAACCGUUCCUGGGAAAGCCCGCUGCACCCCAUGCCCCCCCUCACAAGCCGUCCAUUCCUGAUCUCUGUGACUCCAGCUCAUCCUUUGACGCCGUGACAAUGUUGGGAAAGGAGCUGCUGUUCUUCAAGGACAGGAUUUUCUGGCGACGGCAGGUGCAUUUGCCAUCAGGGAUCCGUCCCAACACCAUCACCAGCUCCUUCCCCCAACUCAUGUCCCAUGUGGAUGCAGCUUACGAGGUGGCCGAGCGGGGCCUUGCCUUCUUCUUCAAAGGCCCUCACUACUGGAUAAUGCGAGGAUUCCAAAUGCAAGGUCCUCCUCGGACUAUUUAUGAUUUUGGGUUCCCAAGGCGAGUGCAGCGAAUAGACGCUGCCGUCUACCUCAAGGAGCCCCAGAAGACCCUUUUCUUUGUCGGAGAUGAAUACUACAGCUAUGAUGAGAGAAAAAGGAAAAUGGAAAAGGACUAUCCAAAAAACACUGAAGAAGAAUUUUCAGGAGUAAAUGGCCAAAUAGAUGCUGCUGUGGAAUUGAAUGGCUACAUUUACUUCUUUUCAGGACCCAAAACAUUCAAGUAUGACACAGAGAAGGAAGACGUGGUUAGUGUGGUGAAGUCUAGUUCCUGGGUUGGCUGCUAAG